AUGGCUGAUGUCUCCAAGUGCAUGCCGCUGUCGCGGGAGUCUGUCGUGGCCGCGCACCAGGCCAUCAAACCCCACGUCCAUCGCACGCCCGUGCUGACCUGCACAACCCUCUCCAACUUCGUCUCAACCCCGCAGACCGAACAUGACCUGAAAGGCACCGAGUACGAGGGGCAGACGCCCGCGCGCCCCAAGAUCAAUCUCUUCUUCAAGUGCGAAAACUACCAGCGCGUCGGCGCCUUCAAGGCCCGCGGCGCAUUCCACGCCCUCUCGCGCCUGACCGACGCCGAGCUCACCAAAGGCGUCGUGACGCACAGCUCCGGCAACCAUGCCGCCGCCCUCGCCCUCGCCGCCAAAACGCGCGGCGUCAAGGCCUACAUCGUCAUGCCCACCAUCAGCACCGCCUCCAAGAUCGCCGCCACGCAGGGCCACGGCGCCGAGGUCAUCUUCAGCGGCUCCACGUCGCAGGAGCGCGAAGCCGUCGUCCAGGACGUCAUCGCCCGCACCGGCGCCAUCCUCGUCCCGCCCUACGACCACCCGGACAUCAUGCUGGGCCAGGGCACCGCCGCCCUGGAGUUCGAGCAGCAGGUCAAGGACCUGGUCGCCGACAAGCCCGCCCUGAGCGUGCGGGCGGACACGGACGCGCUGGAUGCUGUGAUAACGCCGUGCGGCGGUGGAGGCCUGCUGUCCGGCACUGCCACCGCCUUGAGCGGCACGGGCACCCGUGUCUUUGGCGCUGAGCCCUCGUUCGAGGGCGCCGACGAUGCGCGUAGGGGCCUGAAAGAGGGCAAGCGCAUUACGAACGUCAAGUCGCUCACGAUUGCCGAUGGCGUGAGGACCCCCGUGGGAGAGAUCCCGUGGUCCGUCAUCAGCGACAAGAGCAAGGUGCAGGGCGUAUUUGCCGUGACUGAGGAUCAGAUCAAGUCUGCCAUGCGCCUUCUCAUGGAGCGCAUGAAGGUCUUCAUAGAGCCCACUGCGGCCUUGGGCCUGGCUGUGUGUCUCUACAACGAAGAAUUCAGGCGUCUGGUUGAGCAGGAAGCUGGAGAGAAGGGUUGGAAUGUUGGCAUUGUGCUCAGCGGAGGCAACACCACCAUGGAGGCCAUUGGCAAGCUGUUCGCUGCUUCUUAA